GGGGAUCACUAGCAGUGACAUCCGAACAGCUUAUAAACAAAGUGUGAUUGCACAUAGUUUUCCUUCAGAUAUUUCGCGGUGGAAAGUGUUAAAAUAUAAAAAUAAUAAUUUUAUUCGUUGUAACAAGGAUAUUUAGCGACAUGUACAUGUGAGCACUGCAAAAGCGUUCAAAAUAUCGUUCGUUGCAAAAGGCACAGCGAAUAAGUAGAUUGUAUGCCAAGAUGUCAUCCAAGCCAAAAGAACAUCCACAUGAACUCAUGCAAAAGAUGCAUCAAGACAUUCAAAAGAAAAUGAGUAAAAUCAACCAGUAUUCUGAAAUGGAAUCAACGAAAGGCGCAUUGUCCGUUCAACAGCAAUCGUAUCAAACGCCGGGCAGAAAUCCCCAUAAAUCGCAUCCAAUUGUUCCACCCAUUAGACCACAACCGAUUGAGAAAAAAACAUUCGAGCAAGCGUAUCGAGAAGCGGUUGAGCGCCUGAAUGCGGCUGCAAUGGGCAGAUCCGGAUCGAAUCAAAACUCAAACAGUUACCACAAAGAAAAUACUUCAAUUCAGCGGAUGUCCACGAAUCCAAGUGCUGGUUCAAAUAACGCAAAGUCAACUCAUUCGUACGUAAAUCCUCUUAGUUCUCCAUCUACGUCAUCUACACUCCAGAAUCAAUAUAAAACUACAGUCUACAAUAUAAAUACGAUUAACCUGGCAGAAUUGCUGAAAGGACAAGGGAGAACAUCGGAGUCUCCUUCCGGAAGGUCCAAUUCGAACCUACCAAAUACGUACCUGACCGACAGCAACAUGCAAAUGGCAAACAGCAACGCUGCUCGCAUAAUGAUCGAAAAUAACAAAUAUCAGCAAACAUUUUCCAAUGCCUACGCCAAUCAUUUACUGCAAAUGACGAAGAGCGCCGUAAAAAAAACUACUGAAAAACAGAUGCCUGUGAGCAAUCAGCGGGGGCCACCGGCAGCGAAGAAAGCAAGAAAAAAUUGUCCUCCUGACUAUUUGAUGAAUAAUGAGGCGAACGGUAACGCUAACCACGAGGGAAUGGCACCGUCCACCUCUAGGAAAACUAAUGGCAAUGUUUUGGUAAAACUUGAUCGCCAUACUGCACAUAAUUCAAAAGACUCGAACGGACCAGGACCAUCCGCUUCGUACGCAUCGGAAAUCAUCGAAAGCAAUGUUUUAUCGAUUAUGGGAGCGGCACCAAACGAUCAGCAACUAAUUAAACAUGAGCAGAAUUAUCGAAACACACACAACCAAAUGGUGACAGGUUCCCAGGAAAGACCAAGUAUGGGUUUGUUUCCGAAAGUAACACAGGAUAUGAAGAGACCCUACCAUGCUAUAGCUGACAUGGGAAACCGGCCAGAGUUGACAGUAAUAGUAAAUAAACCAAGAAUAUCAUCACCAGCCCCGGCUCAUGUUUACGGGAAGCCUACAGAUUUGCUACCAAUCAGCACUGGCUUCACAGAACGUGCAGUGCUUGGUUCCAAGGAGAAGAUCUACGAAUCAAAUCCAAAACAAAAUUCGAUUCACCCUGGAGUCGCAAUUGCAGAACCACCACCGGCACAUUCGGUUCUAUCGAAAUCACCGCUGCUCGCAAAUUUGAUACAUCCUUCUACCAAUUUGUACCCUUCUGUCUCUACGGGAAUUGAUCGACCAAAUGCUACUGGUAUUAGACCUGAACCGAAUAAUCGAAAAAGAAUGUCUUCUGGAGAAGGCGCAUUAAAUUUGGAUAUCAAAGAUACAACAAUAACAGCUCCUUCCUCGCAAAAUGUUGCAGGUUACAGCUACAACACACCGUCUCGCGAUGGUACAAAUCAAAUACCCUAUUUCCACAGCAAUCAGAAGGUUGCAAAAAUUGAAAAACGCGUGAACUAUGAUAGCAAAACUUGUAAUUCCGAUACUACAAUAGCUAAAUAUCACCAAAACUUGGUUUACAAAGAACAACCAUCGAUCAAAUCAGAAAACCAACACAACGGCAAUACCGGUAUUAACGAGCAGAAGAAAAGACUACUGGAAUUACUACAUAAUGCAAAUCUGCAACAGCUUUUCACUCAGGUUCAAGCACAUGCACAGAUGCAAUCCAAGUAUAUGCCGAAUUCUCCAAGAUUUCCAGGGAUCAACAGUAACACAGCAGCAGCUUUCGCAAUACAAAUGAGAAAUAUUAGUCAGAUGAAUAUGGAACUAUACAAGUAUCGCGCAGCGAGUCUGAACACCGUAGACUACAACAACACACAGCCGAGAGAUCCGUUAGAAAUAAAACCAGAAAUUAUCAGGCAAUUCAAGCGAAAGGAUCACACAAGAAGAUUGGAUGCCGUUAGAAGGAGAAAACCGAAGCUAAUACGUUGUCAGGAACCAUAUCUACAAAACGGCCCAUGCUACGAAGUGGCUCCGAGGCUGCCACGCUGUCGUGAAUGUGGUCGUUCUGCGGCGGCUCGAUCAAGGGACGCUGCAAACAUAUUCUGUCGCUUCAUAGCCUUCCGGAAGCUGAAGUAUAAUGAGCUGGGGCAGAUGGAAGUUGUCGGGUUUGCAGAUCCUGAUGUCGAUCCCCAGGACACCGAUACGCGCUUGUGGAAUGCAAAUCUUUCGGAAGUACCGAUUGACUUGUCCGUGGAAAAAUCAAAGUUUUUGCUCGGACAAGUGGGGUAUAAGUUUUGCGAACUGUUUCACCAGGAGAAGGAGGCGUACUUCGAGCACAUGUCCGCAGAUAAAACUAUUGCCUGGAAGCAAGCCGUACAAGGUGUACGUGAAAUGUGUGAUGUAUGCUCUACUACCUUGUUCAACUAUCAUUGGGUUUGUUCUACUUGUGGUUUCGUGGUGUGCAUUGAUUGCUACAAGGGUCGUAAACAUGGUACCUGUAAGAAUGACACAAUCAUGAGAGACCGCGAUGGAUACAUGUGGCUGAACUGCACAAAUAAGGAGCCCCACCUACCGGAAAAGCUCAUGCUUACACAAAUCAUCCCUAGCAACAGCUUGUACAAAUUAGUAAGACAGAUGCACGGAAUAUGUGCUUUGCUGGAGAUUCCUCUGAACUGUGAAUGUCCUCUUAGCAAGGAAUCAUUAUUCAGAAAAAUCAAAGACAAGUUGGAGUUUAUCCUUCCAAUUACAAUUGAUGUUGGUAAGGAUGCUAACGGAGCAGACAAUAACACUAACCCGAUGAAAAUUAAUAACAUCAAUACGACGAAAAUGAUAUCGAUCACGAUAAAAAAUAUUCAAAGUACUCUCAGCAGGGAUACCGAUGGAACCAUCUGUUGUAAGGUUAUAUUUGGCAGAGAAUUGAGUGCCGAUAAAAAUCAAGAGAAUGAACUCAUGAAUCGAAGAGAGAAACAAAGCUAUAGUUUCGAAGGCUUCCAGGAAGAUAUAAAGAUUGAAAGUCUGGAGGAUUUCAUAAAAGACGGCGAAUUGACGGAUGACGAAAAGACAAAAGGAAACGAUGAAAAUUCAAACGACAUUGGAGCAAUGCAAACGACGACGACGGACGACGAUAAAACAGAAAUGAGCGCUGAAAAUUCAACUACAGCAAUCCAAACAAUGAUGAGUGACGAAAAAAUAGUGGAGAACGAUGAAAAUCCAACAAAUAUUAAACCCAGCCAAACGAUGGCGAGCGAUGAGAAAACUGAAGAAAACGCCGAAAAUCCGAUGGAUGCUAAAACAAUUCAAACGGCGAUGACCGACGAAAAAACAGAAGAAAACGUUGAAAAUUCAACAGAUAACAAAUUUAUUGAAACAGAAUCUUCUACACCACGUGCAGAACCAUUGGAAGAUCAAGAAAAGAAAGAAAACAGCGAUGAUAAGAUGGUCAACAACAUUAGUGGAAAAGUUGAACCUACAGAUAACGACGACAUACUCGAAGUCGUUGCCGAUGGCAGUAAAAUACAAGGCGAGGGAGUAUUGAAGGAAUCCAAUCAUCCCGAGGAGAAACCAUACAGUGAUAAACAUCGGUUCAGGCCAUCGCCGAAACUCGACUGGAAAACGUUUAACAUGAUCGUGAAGCAACUGUUAAAAUUCGACAAAUCGAUAAAUAUAUCUGGUCUCUUUGAAAAACACCUGACCGAAAAAUGUUCGGAAUCGGAAUGUUUGGUAGACUUCACGGCUGACAUUCAAGUGAACCAUUCAAACAUUCAGAGUUUUUUGCAUGAUUUUCUGGACGAGUUCGUAUUCUUGAAAGGUCAGAACAGCUCGGAUAAUCUAACGGACGACAAACAAAUUAUGGAAUACAACAGACACAUGAAAAACAGUAUUGAAUUUCAAAACAAGGGCGAACGUACCAUGAACUUACAUAUCUCGGAAAGUUUGUACCCAAAUGUCGCUCACCAAUGGCUUUGUAAUGGUCGUUUGUUGCGGCUCUUGGACCCAUUGGAUAACAAUAACUAUACAACUUUUCAUGACCAGUGGGAACGUGGUCAACCAGUUAUGGUGUCACACGUCUCAAAUGCGUUAGAUAUGAGUCUCUGGUAUCCACAUUCAUUCGGGCAUGACUUUGGUGACGAGGACAAUGAUCUCAUCAACUGUCUCAAUGGUAAGCUGGUAAAGAGCCAGAAAAUGAAGAUCUUUUGGGAAGGAUUUGAGCGAAUCGGACGGCGUCUGUUGGAUGAGAGAGACAGACCGAUGGUACUGAAAUUGAAAGAUUGGCCGCCAGGGGAUGAUUUUGCGGAGAUGAUGCCAACCAGAUUCAGCGAUCUGAUGAAGUGUCUUCCAUUGGCAGAGUACACGCGCCGUGAAGGACGUCUCAAUUUGGCAAGCAGAUUGAGCAGCUUCUUUGUGAGACCUGAUCUCGGACCGAAAAUGUACAGUGCAUACGGUUCUGCAUUACACCCAUCAAAGGGCACCACAAAUCUUCAUCUGGAUAUAUCGGAUGCUGUAAACAUUAUGGUUUAUGUUGGAGUACCUAAGGAUGUGGAUCAAGCUAAAUAUGCCCAAAAAGUGUUGGACGCCAUCGACGCAGACGAAUAUGAUGCUGUCACUCGGCAAAGAAUAAACGAGAAGGAUGAAUUGCCGGGUGCUGUUUGGCAUAUAUAUCACGCAAAAGAUGCUGAUAAAAUACGAUCGUUGUUGAAUAAGAUAGAAGUCGAGAAAGGCGGUAGCAUAAAAACUGAUCACGACCCAAUUCACGACCAGAAAUGGUAUUUAGAUGCUAAUCUUCGCAAGCGACUUCUGAAAGAAUACAAUGUAGAAGGUUAUUCGAUUGUGCAGUGCUCUGGAGAUGCCAUAUUCAUUCCCGCCGGAGCGCCACACCAAGUACGCAAUCUGCACAAUUGUAUCAAAGUUGCGGAGGAUUUUGUUUCCCCAGAAAAUAUUUCUUAUUGUUUCAAAUUAACUAAUGAGUUUCGACAUCUUACACACACCCAUUCGAAUCACGAGGAUAAACUGCAGAUAAAAAAUAUAAUUUACCACACAGUGAAAGACGCUGUGUCUUGUUUGACAAAUCCUCUCAUAAUGACUAAGGAUAAAAUAGAUGUAGCAUAAAGGUGUUUUUCUUUUUUUGAGGGAAACAAUCCCAUAAAACUGCAAUGUCAUUUAGUAAACACGAAAACCAAGCAACAAAAUUAGACGGUGAAAAGUUUGUAAUCGAUCAUUUCAAAAUAAAUUGCAAGUAGUUUCUACCAAGA